UCGCGCCCAAUCGCACCGCCAAAAUGUCUGCAGAGACACCAUGCUACACCAUCGUCUUUGAGGACGCUACAGAGUCUCCGUCUACUCAGGAACUGCGCACAGCACUCGAGAAGGGAUCCGACGAGGACAAGAUUGAUACCCUGCGAAGGAUCAUUGUCUCGACGAUCAAUGGCAACCCCCAGCCCAACCUUCUCAUGCCCAUCAUCCAGUACAUUCUACCCUCGCGCAACAAGCAGCUCAAGAAGCUGCUACACUUCUACUGGGAGGUCUGCCCCAAGUACGAUGAAAACGGCAAGCUUAAGCAGGAGAUGAUUCUCGUCGUUAACGCUAUCCGAAAUGACCUUCAACAUCCCAACGAGUACAUCCGCGGCGCGACCCUCCGCUUCCUCCAGAAGAUCUCCAAGGAUGUCGAACUCCUCGAACCCCUCAUUCCCAUCUGCCGCUCCUGCCUUGAGCACCGUCACUCUUAUGUGCGCAAGAACGCCGUCUUCGCCGUCUACACCAUCUAUCGCGAAUACGAACACCUCAUCCCCGAUGCUCCCGAGCUUAUGCAAACUUUCCUCGCUGCGGAGAGUGAUGCGACAUGCAAGCGCAACGCGUUCGUGUUUUUGGCUCAGUGCGCGAUGCCCAAGGCAGUCGAGUGGCUUGUGAGCGUCUACGAUCAGCUCAGUGGGCUCGAUGAGUUGUUGCAGAUGUCGGUGAUUGAGGUGGUGAGACUCGACUGCAAGAAUGAUACGACGCACCGGCCACGGUACAUCCGAUGCAUGUUCGAUCUCUUGAACUCGUCUUCACAUGCAGUCAAGUACGAGGCGGCCACUACGCUUACCACGCUCUCUCAGAACCCUGCUGCCGUCAAAGCCGCCGCUUCUUGCUUCGUCAAUCUCGUCAUCAAAGAGUCCGACAACAACGUCAAGCUUAUCGUGCUCGACCGGCUCGAUACCCUGCGCGCCAAGCACGAACACGUUCUCGAUGGGCUCAUCAUGGACGUUCUCCAGGUGCUGUCUUCGGCCGACAUGGAGGUUCGCCGCAAGGCAAUGGCCAUCGUACUCAGCAUGACCUCGAGCCGGAACGUCGAGGAGGUUGUCCUCUUCCUCAAGAAGCAACUCCAGCGCACUCAGGAACAGGAUGCGAGCUACGAUAAGGCGUCGGAGUAUAGGCAGCUGCUCAUUCAGAGCAUCCACGUGAUGGCAGUCAAGUUCUCUGAGGUCGCGGCAAGCGUUGUGCAUGCUCUCAUGGACUUCCUUGGAGAUUCGAACAACCCGUCGGCUCUCGAUGUCGUCGCGUUCGUACGGGAGGUCGUCGAGAAGUUCCCCAAGCUCCGCCAGCCCAUCUGCGAGAAGCUCACGCAGACCCUCAGCGAUAUCAAGUCUGGUAAAGUCUUCCGUGGUGUCCUCUGGAUCCUUGGUGAGUACACCGAAGAGAUCGGCGACAUCCAAGUCGCACUGCAGGAGAUUCGCAAGGUUCUCGGUGAGAUCCCGAUCCUCGCUUCUGAACAGCGUCUGCUCGAAGAUGCUGGUGGCGAGGAAGAGGAGGAGAAGGAGAAGGAUGCGGCGGCUGCAGGAACAGGGAGACCCAAGGUGCUGGCGGACGGGACGUACGCGACUGAGACGGCGUACUCGAGCACUACGAACGCCAGGCUCGAGGCCGUCAAGGCCGCUUCGAAGCCUCCCCUACGCGCGCUCAUCCUCAACGGCGACUUCUUCACCGGUGCCUCGCUCGCAUCGACCCUCACCAAGCUUGUCCUGCGGUAUGAAGGCCUCGCGUCCGACGCUGCACGCGCGAACGCUCUGCGCGCCGAGGCCAUGCUCAUUAUGACGUCCAUCAUCCGCGUUGGACAGUCCAAGUUCGUGACGAUCCCGAUCGACGAGGACUCGAACGAGCGUAUCCUCAACUGCAUCCAGACACUCUCGGAGCUCGCAGACCGCGCACGGGCGCCGGUGAACGAGAUCUUCUUGGAGGACACGAAGGCGGCGUAUUCUAGGAUGCUGAGCGCGCAGGAGAAGAAGGCAGCGGAGAAAAAGGAGGCGGAAAGCCCUGCGACCGCUGCCGUGCAGGUCGACGACUUGCUGUCGUUCCGCCAGUUCACUAAGAAGGGCGCGGACGACCCCAUCGACUACAUUGAAGAUCUCGGAAAGGCUACGGGCGCAGGCGAGGUCAAGGAGGACUUCAUCUCGAAUCUCAGUCGGAUAUCCCAGCUCACUGGCUUCUCCGACCCUAUAUACGCAGAGGCGUACGUCAAGAUGCACGGCUUCGAUAUCUCGCUGGAUGUACUCCUGGUCAACCAGACGCCCAACACGUUACAGAACCUCUGCCUCGACUUUGCAACUCUGGGCGACCUCAAGAUCGUCGAGCGUCCGUCCAUGUACACGAUUGCGCCUCACGGCUUCCAGAGCAUCAAGGCGACUAUCAAGGUCUCCUCGACCGAGACGGGUGUCAUCUUCGGAAGCAUCCUCUGGGAAGGGCCCAACCUUGCCGAGUCGUGUGUAAUCCUGAACGAUAUCCAUAUCGACAUCAUGGAUUACAUCAAGCCGGCGUACUGCAACGAGACGCAGUUCCGUAGCAUGUGGACGGAGUUCGAGUGGGAGAACAGGGUGAACGUGUCUACCACCAUGUCUGACCCACGGGAUUACCUUAAGCACGUCAUGAAGUCGACGAACAUGUCAUGCCUGACGCCAGAGGGCGCCAUGUCAGGCGACUGCGACUUCCUCUCAGCCAACAUGUACGCGCGUAGUCUGUUUGGCGAGGACGCACUUGCGAACCUGAGCAUAGAGAGGACCGAGGGUGGUACCAUCAUAGGGCACGUGCGUAUACGCAGCAAGACCCAGGGUAUUGCGUUGUCUUUGGGCGAUCGGAUCACUAUGUCGCAAAAGGAUAUCAAGCCGCCAGCAUAAAGGCGGAGGAUGUUGGUGUAGAUUACAACGAUGUCCAUCUACUGUAUACAGCCGUUUUCC